AUGGGAAAUCUUGUUUCGUCGUUUGCCCACACGGGCGACGUGUUGGUCACCUCUUCAGAGAAGGCUGAGACGCCCAUCGGCCACUUUCGACGGCCUCCCGCAACCCUCACCGUGAGCUGCGAUGGGCACAAGGGCAGCGCAGCGGUGCAACACAGGCAAAAGGCGCCGUUGUGCUGUCCAGCCCCUCGGUCCCCCUCUCAUCCUGCGGUGAACCAGACACCACCGCUCCUCCAACACAACGGUGGCCACCAUCGCUCAUACACCUACACCGUGUCUCGACUCCGACGGCCUCCUUACCCACCCCGCCCUCAGAUGCAAGGCCGCCUCUGUGGGGACAACUGA